AUGGUAAUGGGAUCUCCACUAGAAGAUGCUCUUCGUCUUGCUCAAAGAUAUGAUAGAAUGAGACAAGAGGCUGAAGUACAGGCUGUUGAAGUUUCUAAAAGACAAGCAAGAGUAAAAGAAGGAACAUGGAAUCCAGACAUCCUUAUGAAACUUGAUCUGAAAUCCAACAUGGCAAUUUUGGGAAGAGAAGUUGCAUCAGUAAUGGCUGCUGUUGCAGAUCUGAUCGGAAACAAGGUCAAUCAAUGGAGACGGAACGGAGGCGAAGGCGAUCAACUGAUGGGGUGA